CCUGGCAUCAACACGGCGGCGGCGGUGGCGGCGGCUUCCAGCAGGCUCCGGGGCGCCGAGCGGACAGGAACGCAGCCCGGGGACUCUGAGGCGGGGUCUGGGUGUUGAGGGGCGACUGGAGCCAUGGCGGAGUCGGCGCCUGCUCGGAGCCCGUUCCCAGGUUGGAGCGUUUCCAGAUUGGAAACGGUCUCCGUCGCUACGAGUGAGCUCUCCCACUGCCUGGGAGACCCCAGGACUUGCCUCUCUGCGACCACCUCCACUUCGGUCCGAUGUGUUGUCGGUUUCUCCCGUGCUGCAGAUUUCUGUCUUGGGGUUGCAGCCACAGGGCUGGUGUAACAAACUGGGAAGCUUAAAUAACAGAAAUUCUGUCUCACAGUUCCGGAGGUUAGGAGUCUGCAAUCAAGAUGUUUGCAGGCACAGGAGAAAACGACGCUCCACACCUUUAACUUCUUCCACACUUCCUUCACAAGCAACAGAGAAAAGCUCCUAUUUUCAGACCACCGAGAUCUCACUCUGGACGGUGGUGGCUGCUAUUCAGGCUGUGGAGAAGAAGAUGGAGUCCCAGGCUGCCCGGCUACAGAGUCUGGAGGGACGCACGGGGACAGCUGAGAAGAAGCUGGCUGAUUGCGAGAAGAUGGCCGUGGAGUUCGGGAACCAGCUGGAGGGCAAAUGGGCCGUGCUGGGGACCCUGCUGCAGGAGUACGGGCUGCUGCAGAGGCGGCUGGAGAACGUGGAGAACCUGCUGCGCAACAGGAACUUCUGGAUCCUGCGGCUGCCCCCAGGCAGCAAGGGGGAGGCCCCCAAGGUGUCCAGGUCACUGGAGAAUGAUGGUGUCUGUUUCACCGAGCAGGAAUGGGAGAAUCUGGAGGAUUGGCAGAAGGAGCUCUACAGAAACGUGAUGGAGAGUAACUAUGAGACACUGGUCUCUCUGAAGGUCCUUGGCCAGACAGAGGGAGAAGCGGAGUUGGGUACAGAGAUGCUGGGUGACUUGGAAGAGGAAGGUCCUGGUGGUGCCCACCCAGCAGGUGGGGUCAUGAUCAAACAGGAGCUACAGUAUACACAGGAAGGCCCUGUGGAUCUUUCUGGAGAGUUCUCAUGCAUUGCUGACGAGCAGGCUUUCCUGAGCCCGGAGCAGACUGAGCUCUGGGGUGGUCAGGGCAGUUCUGUCCUCUUGGAAACAGGUCCUGGGGACUCUACUCUAGAGGAGCCUGUUGGUAGUAGAGAUCCUAGCAGCAGCAGAACUGUGGGCUGCCCGAAGCAGAAAUCUCAUAGGCAGGUACAGCUCGGCCAGGAAUGUGGGCAAGGCCUGAAGCUGAAAAAGGACAUUUCCCACCCCUACGAAUGUUCUGAGUGUGAGAUCACCUUCCGCUAUAAGCAGCAGCUGGCCACACAUCUGCGCAGUCACUCUGCGUGGGAGUCUUGUACACCUGAGGAGCCAGAGGAGAGCCUUAGGCCCAGGCCACGGCUGAAACCACAGACCAAAAAGGCCAAGCUGCAUCAGUGUGAUGUGUGCCUGAGGAGCUUCAGCUGCAAGGUGAGCCUGGUGACCCAUCAGCGUUGCCACCUGCAGGAGGGGCCCAGUGCCAGCCGGCAUGUCCAGGAGAGGUUCUCACCGAACAGCCUGGUUGCCCUGCCUGGCCACAUCCCUUGGAGGAAAAGCCGGAGUUCCCUCAUCUGUGGUUACUGUGGCAAGAGCUUCAGUCACCCAUCUGACUUAGUGCGGCACCAGCGCAUCCACACGGGCGAGCGGCCCUACAGCUGCACCGAGUGUGAGAAGAGCUUUGUCCAGAAGCAGCACCUCCUGCAGCACCAGAAGAUCCACCAGCGGGAGCGGGGCGGGCUGGCCCUGGAGCCCGGAAGGCCCAAUGGCCUGCUUUAAGGGUGCAGCCCCUCGCCCGUCUGGGGGACGGAGGGGGGUGGCAUUGGUUCCCCCGAGGAGACACUGCAGUCAGGGACUGAGUUCUUCCUGAGAGCAGUUGUUUGUGAUUUGCCUUCCCUUGUCCCAGUACCAAGCCAAGCCCAAAGGCUAUCCUGAAAACCCUGUGGAAGAAGAGUCCAGGCCAGGUCUUCACCCUGCUGCCAAGUUUGCUGUUUCUUGGCACCUUCAGGUCUCUGUUUUUCUCAUUCAUGCCAAUGCUUGUGGGCUGGGGUUGGCGUUCUGACCCCACAGGGACUGGUCGCUGGUUCCAGGGCUCGUCCCAGCAUUUCAUGUCUUCCCACGGGGUUGAGUCGGGCCAUAGGGGUGAGCAGCUGCCUGGAAGAGUUCUGGGAAGUAUAACCCUCCAUUUUUUCUUGUUUUGUAAUCUCUUUGUUUAAUAACAAGUAGAAGAAAUAAUUUAAUUGAACUGCUUAGCCCU